GGCCUAUUGAUGACAUCAUGGGAUUCAUUUUUAGAACUCAGCACUACUUUCUGUAGCAUUCACCUCAUAUUUUUAAAUGUUUCUUCACAAAAGAUUUGCCUAAUGUAAAUAUAUGAUAAAGAUUUGAUACAGCUAGCCUACUAACCCACCAAAUCAAGUAAUAAUUACACAAACAUAAAAACCUUUUUAUUUACUAAAUGAUAACACAGCCACUCAUUUUAUAUAAUUAAUGAAGUACACACAGAGAAUAGACACUUUUCUGAAGCAAUGAUUAAUUCAGAACAAAAACAGGAUCAAAGUAAAUUACCACGUAUUAACCAGGACAGAUGAAUCAGCUUGUUCAAUCUAUAGUUGGUGUAUAGUUUUUUGAUAUUUCUGUGAAGAAUAUUUAGUUCUAAGCAAUUUCCUCCAGUAUUCAUUUCACUACUCACAGGCAUUGGAUGGAGGCUCAGUUCCUGUUUGGGUUUUUUUUGCUUCGCACACAAUAAAUACGACCAGACCAUAACUGUUCCACACAUACAACAAUCAGACCAAGCAGCAGGCGUGUGAUAGGUAGAAGAAAGAAGUUUGAACAUUGACUUUAAGAUGGGCAGGCUUGUGUUUUUGGCUCUCUUUGCGAUGCUGUGUUUUACCUCCAAAAGUUUUUCUGCAAACACUGAGAGACUUACGGACAAUGUGGUGGUUUUGCGGGUGCGAAACAUUGAUGGCUCUGAAGUGCCUGUGUCCAUAAGCUGUGGAGAUGCUUUUCAAGAUCAGCAAGUGAUCUGGAAGAGAAACGGUGUUCUCCAGCCCAGACUGCAGGGGAACCAGAUCCAGGUGACUGUGCUAGAGUGGGGUGGAGGCAACUACACCUGCCACCAAGAACCACAGGGACCCCCAAUCAACUACACUGUGAUCAUGGUUCAACUGGAGCCUGACAACCGCACCGUCAUACUGGAGCCCAGAGGCCACAAGCAGGAAUAUAUCCACUGUUGGACACCAAACUACCGUGGCGACUUCCAGUGCAGCUGGACCAGGUCUAUGGAUCGCUCAGAUGCCACUGUGCUGCUGGUCAAGGGCCAUCGCGAUGAGGAGCCGGUCUCAUGUGUGGUGAAGCCAGAUGGGUCGGGCAUGAGGUGUGUGGAUAAUAACUGUCCGUACAAAGAGGAGCAGCACCGCAUCUCUCUGACCGUCUACAUGAAGAGUGUGUUCCGCCUGGAGGCCUUCACCAAGAAGUUCUACCUCAGGGAAAUUGUGACCCCUGCGCCACCGAGAGAACUGCAACUCACUAAUGGCAGUGUGUUCACAUGGGAUUAUCCUGAGUCUUGGGAGAGGCCCUGCAGUUACUUCAGUCUGCUGUUUAAUGUCAGAGUGGUGCGCAAUGGAGAAAACUGCCAUUCCGAUCAAAUUUUAGAUGAUAAAAACAUUUCGGAAAUGAAAUACUCAGUCGAUAAAAUCAUACAGAAGAGGUUUGUUUUCUGUCUGAGAGCUCAGGACAAGCACACAGGAGGACCAUGGAGCCACUGGAGUCAUUGCACUGUCAACCGAAUCCACGGCACAUACCACUGCUCCCUCUGAAUGUACUGUUUAAAUCUAUUUAUGUACAGUAUUUAUUGACCUAUUCUACAUUAUUAAAUAUUAUAUGUACAAUAAAAAA